AUUUAAGAAAGAAAUAUUAAUAUUAAUAUUAAUAUUGUGGAUGUGGACCAUUGUCUUCUUCUCUUUUAUCUUUUAUUUUUUGUUGGUUCAGCUUCCAUUUCCAAGCUCCGAACAGUCUUUUGAGUUUUGAUUUUUGAAGUUUGAUAUUUUCAAUUCAAAUUUCAAUCAAACUGAACAGAAGAAUGGUGGUGUUACAAAAUCUAUCAUUAAGUGCUGUGGUAACCUCUCAUGGUAAUGGUAAUGGUGUUUUUGGGUCAUGGAGGAGGAAGAAACAUUUCAAUCUAACCACAAAAACCCACAUAAUAACACACUCUUUGCUUCUAUGGAAACUACAAACCACAUUCUUAAACCCCAAUCCUAAUCCUAAUUUAUCAUCAAGGAAAUAUAAUAAUAAUAAUCGGGUUGAAGCUGGUUGGCUGUUUAAAGGGGUUGGUGGUGGUGAUGGUUUGGAUGCAACCUCUGAGAGAAGUGAGAAUGCUAAUGAAGAUAUCUUGGUAUUCUUUUUUCAGUUAGACCUUGCAACUCGAGUUCAGUAUGCUCUGAAUGUGGAACAAUAUGACAUUGCUCAGCAGUUGAGAAACAAGCUUACUGAGGUUGAAACAGAGGUUAUCAGACAACAGGAAGCAAAACGGGGAUCAUCUUCAAAAAGCGAAGUUCAAGAUAAGGCACUAAGUAUCAUACGUCUACGUGCAGAUCUGCAGAAUGCAGUUGAGAGCGAGAAUUAUGCAGUGGCAGCUAAGUUACGAGAUCAAAUCUCCAAACUAGAGGCAGAGUCCCUUGCCGCUGCAGCAAAAUCUCUAGCACAUGACAAUGCUCAAUAUUCAUUUCGUUUGGGGCAGAAAGUGAGGCAUAAAGUAUUUGGCUAUAAAGGUGUCAUUUGUGGAAUGGAUCCAGUGUGCUGCGAAUCAAGUUCGUGGAUGGAAACUGCACAGGUUGAAAAGUUGCCUCGGGGUUCUAAUCAGCCAUUCUAUCAGGUUUUGGUUGAUGUCCAUGAGGACCCAAAUCUUUUGGUGGCAUAUGUUGCGGAGGACAAUUUGCUAACCCCUGAACCACCAAACAAGGGACAGUUUGAUCAUCCUUAUAUUUCCUUUUUAUUCUAUGGGAUGGACGCAGCCGGUGAUUUCAUCCCAAUCAAGCAGCUGCGAGAGAAGUACAAUAGACCCCGACAUGAAAUACCCCUUGAACCAGAUGAUGAGGGGAAUGAUGAUGCUUAAGAAGAGGCCACUUCUAAUGUUCUCUUUGUUUUCACAUUUUGAAAGGAGUAGUAGUAUAUAGUGCCCUACCUAAGUGAGUGUGUGAGAGCUUAAAUUUUGUUUCUUAGAAGAAAGAUAACUUGAAAAUAAGCCUUGAUGUUUUUGUGGUGUGUAGGAACAUUGUACAUCUAAGAAAGAAAACAUAACACAUUUAAUGGUAAAACAAGAAUUUUCAGUUUA